UCCAGUUUCAGAAAGUUUCCAGUCUCAGCUUGUACACCUUGGUCAAUUUUUUGGUUCUUUCAUUCUUCGAAUAGACGUUAACAUGGCUCCGACGGCGAAGAAAUCGAAAGGCUCAGUUAAGAAGCAAGUCCUUCGGGGCAAGGGUCAGAAGAAAAAGGUGUCCCUGAGGUUCACUAUUGACUGCACGCAUCCUGUGGAGGAUAAUAUUAUGGAUGUCAGCAAUUUUGAAAAAUAUUUGCAUGAGAAAAUCAAAGUUGGUGGUAAAACUAAUAAUUUUGGCAACAAUGUUGUCCUAGAGCGUAACAAGAUGAAACUUACCAUCAACAGUGAUAUCGAUUUCUCGAAGCGAUACCUUAAAUACUUGACGAAGAAAUACUUGAAGAAGAACAAGUUGCGUGAUUGGCUGCGAGUGGUGUCAAAAGACAAAGAAACAUAUGAAUUACGAUAUUUCCAGAUUAACAGUCAGGAAGAUGAUGAUGAAGAAGAUGCAGAAUAAUUCUUGUGUUCUUUUAAUUACAGAUGUAUCUGUACAUAUUUCUUUUAAUAAAGAGUGAUAAACCCCACUA